GCCAGGGGUCCUCCUGCGCCGCGCGGAUCGUCCUAAGUGUUCGCAGGGGGAUUUCCGGGCAAUUGGAUGCAAUUGCAAUUGGAGCGUUGCGCCGGCGGUGGUGAGUCGGCGUUGUGCGAGCCCGCAAAAGAGCCUUGACAGCAGGUCCAGUCCAGCUCUGCUCCCAGCAUUUCACCCAAAGAGAGAAGGCAAGUGGAAAGAGGAGGCAGAAGCUUCCCUGCCUGUUCACCUCUACUCUCUGGACACAGUGUGAUGGACCCAGUCCUUACCAUAAUAGCAAACGGGGCAGCAUCUGCUAUGGGGGACCUGCUGCCUAAGGAGGAGGUGAUACUGCUAUAGAACUAAUGGGUCAGAACUAAUGGGUCCUGCUGAGAUCCUGGCCCAUCAGCAGCUGCCCUAAGCUGUUGACCCCUGAUGUCAGCCCUGCUCAAAGCACGUCCUUCUAUCCAUUCAUUAUAUACUCCCUGAAUUACGGGCUGUAUUAUAUUGGAAUGGAAGACGAUUCUGACAGGGCAGUGGCAUUCCACUCUUGCACUUACGUGAAUGAUCACAUUGGCUUCUGCGGCAGCUUAAAAACCUUCCCAAAGGACUUUGUAGUAACAGAAAUUAAUGCAUUUGGGCAGUUAGUUAAUGAGAUCACAGCAGAUUCUCCUAAUAAAUCCUGUGAGAGCCUGUCGGAACAAGCUGGGUUCUGUCAACAGGAUCCCAAAAGGCUGAGACUGAGUCGUCCAGAACUGUGCACAGAUGAGGAAUAUUGCAACAUUCGGGAUGGUGAUGUUCACUGUUCCCCAGAAUGUCCUUCUUUCUCUGCUGGAGAAAGUGAAGAAUAUAAAUCUGAUAAUGUACCUGAAAACCACCUUGUCAAAGCUGUUACCCUGGACUCCUUAUUAGAUAGGCCCUUAAGGGAGCAACUCGGUCAGUUUGCUUGCCGUGUGAAAGACAUGUGGGAAUCUAAAUCUGAACAAGGGCUUACUCCAGAUGAAUUUUCUCUUGGUCCAGUCCUUGACAAGAAGAAUCGAGCCAGCUUGCAUGGUGCCAUCAGACAGGAAUACCCUUUCUUAGCCACGGUGACAAAAUGUGGCGAGAUUAUUGUAAAGGCAAAUCAGGACUACCAAGAUCUUUGCCAGCUGGUGUCUGAAGAGGAAGCAUGUGGCUUUAUGAAAUUUUUAGAUGCCAAACUAGAACAAUCAAAGUUUGCUUUCAGACCAGAUGGAGAUAAGGAACACCGGAAGAUGGUUCACCACUUUAUCAGUAAAAAGUUUGGGAAGCUUGUGGAAACCAAGUCUUUCACCGACGCUCAACAAAAAGCGGUCAUUAUAGUAAGGUUUCGUGAGAAAAGUGGUUCAAGGAAAAGGACUGCUGUUGACAGUGGGAUGAGAAAAGAAAUUUACACAGCUUUUACUCUCCGGAAAGAGAACCUGGAAACGCUUGAAGCAAUUAGCUUCUUGUCUGCUGAACUUGGCGUGCUCCCUUCAGACUUCAGUUACACAGGCAUUAAAGACAAGAAGGCCAUUACGUACCAAGCUAUGGUUGUGAAGAAGGUGACGCCUGAAAGAUUGAAAGAACUUGGAAACACCAUUGGGAAAAAAGGAAUUGGUGUGUCUAAUGUACACUCUGCCAGUCAGCCGCUGAGACUUGGUCAAUUGCAAGGAAACCAUUUUGAUAUAAUUGUAAGAGAUUUAAAACUUAAAAGCAAUGACUGUUCCGCGAGCCUAAAGGAGAGAAUAUAUGAAGCAACUGAGAACGUCAAGAAAAAUGGUUUUAUAAAUUUCUAUGGACCUCAGCGAUUUGGACAAAGGCAGACUAUACAGACAGACCAAAUUGGAUUGGCUUUGCUGAAUGAAGAACUGGUCAAAGCGGUGAAAUUGUUUUUCACGCCAGAAGAUUCAGAUGAUCCUGUAAAUAAAGCGAAGAAAUACUUCCUUCAGACCGAGGACGCCAAAGGCACCCUCGCAAUGUUGCCUGACUUCAAAGUCAGAGAGACGAUGCUACUGCGUGCCUUGAAUCGCUACGGUAUAAAUCACGAGGGAUGUGCACGAGGGUGGCUCAGUAUUCCUCACUCCAUGCGUAUUUUCUACGUCCAUGCAUAUUGCAGUAAGAUUUGGAACGAAGCCGCUUCGUACCGGAUUAAGAUCUACGGUACAAGAGUUGUGACUGGUGACCUCAUCUUCUCGGGAACAAGUUCUGAAAGCUGUUCACUGAAUGACAAGGUCCACGUAGUAACAGCUGCAGAAGAAGAGGCCAAUGAAUAUGCAAUAACUCAGGUGAUUAUCCCAAUGGCAGGCUACAACGUCCGCUAUCCCACUAACAAAGUCGGGGAGUGGUAUCGCAAAAGACUUGCCCGUGAUGGGCUGCAGAUGCACCAGUUCAGGCUUCCUUCGUUACAGCUGAACGUGCCUGGGUGCUACCGACAUCUCCUGAAGUAUCCGCGCGAUCUGUCGUACCGUUUUUUAAAAAGCGACGAAGAACCGGUGGGAACUGGGGACAAUUCCCCCAAAGAUCCCGAAACUUCUCUUUCGGUGUCGUUUUGGCUCGAUCCUUCGUGUUACGCAACUGUUUGUUUGGGGGAAAUAAUGAAGUGCAAUCUGUAAAAAGAAAAAAAAAGGCAGAGCUUCGCUGUGUAGAAAUACGGCACGCUCAAUAAAAAUGGCAUGGGGCUGUGUAGAAAAAAACGUGCUGUACCUUGGCUUGGGGGAGGUGGGGGCUGUUCCUCCUCAGGCUGCAAAAUGUAUUGGACCAGAUCACCCCACCUUGGACCUACUGUAACAAGACAGUGCAGGAGUACAGCCAAGCUGCCAGCCUUAUGCUUCCCAAACAGGUAAACCCGACAUCCCUGUGCUCCUAAAUUGGACCAGCAUCUAAUUCUUUGCCUUAUCCACACAUUAAAUUCCAGCUUGUUAUUGCUCACCUA